AACAAAGUUAUUUGAAAAUAACUUACAAGUCUAUAAUAGUAUUGGCUUUUAUGGUUCAUAUCAUAUGUGAUGAUGUUGCUGGCUUCUUGCAGUUCUAUCACUUGGUGGGAUGCAAUGCUUGGUAUACUUCUUACUGGUGGUUGGGUGGAUUGCUGUGACAUUUGUGUUUGUAGCGAGCGGUUUGUUUCUCCUCGUUCAUAAUGCAGUUGAGGACACUUGUGUGGCAAUGGACGAUUGGCUUCUGAAUCCGAAUGCACAUUCGGCUCUAGAAAGCAUUAUUCCAAAAGCAGAUAACCAAACAGCCAGAACAAUACUAAUGGUUACUAAACAAAUCACUUUUGCACUUGUCAAUGAAACAAAUACAGCCGAACCAAUGUCUUUAACGCAGACAUGCAGCCGUCUGCCGGACCGUUGUUCUUCAACCAAACAGGCCCUCAUGUGCCUGUGCUUUGCAUGCCACUCAAUGCCAACCUCACCGAAGUCCCAUGCUUAACCGGUGAAGUUAAUUUUACUAAUGCAUCCGAGGUGUGGAAGGGUUAUGUUUGCGAGGUUUCUACUACGGGGAUUUGUAUAACUCCUGGGCGGAUUACUCCCGAAGCGUACACGGAGCUAAUUUCGUCGCUAAACGUGAGCUACGCACUUUACGAGUAUGGAUCAUUCCUUGUGGAUCUUGUGGACUCUACAUAUGUGAAGGAAACAUUUAUGGACAUAUCAAACAACUUUUGUCCUAGUUUAAGGCAUUCAACAAAAAUGAUGUGUGUCGGGUUUAUAAUGGUGGCUGCAGCCUCAAUGCUUUCUUUAAUAUCGUGGAUGUCUUAUGGUCGAGAAAGAAGGCGUCGAAAAUAUGCGAUGAAACGAAUGAACCAAUUUCCUGCACCUCCUCCUCUUCCUCCCAAAGGAUACUACAUUGGUGGUCGCGGAAAAUAUUGAUAUUUAUUAUAUAUAUAUAUAGAGUUGGGUAUUUAAUUGCUGUUAUAUAAUGUUUAUUGCAUCUCAUCUAUUGUAUAACUACAAAAUCU